AUGGGCGAGCCGGAGGCGGGGGGGAAGCCCGGCCCCGCGGCGCGGCCCCCCUCGGCCAGGGCCGCCCCCCAGCGGGCCGGGGCCGGGGGGCGGCGCGGAGCCGCGCGCGCCCUGAGCCGGCUGGCCCGCCGCCUGCUGCAAACUUUGCGGGGGUCGCGGCGGCGGCGGCGGCGGGGAGGCGCCGAGGCGGAGGACGACGAGGGCGGCUUCGGGCGGCCGCCGGGGCCCGAGCGCGAGCGCGGUCAGGCGGGGGGCGGCGGCGGCGGGGGAGGAGGGCGGCUGUCGGGCCCCGGCGCCCCUCGGCCGCUCACCCCCGGCGCGCAGGGGCUCAAGAACCACGGCAACACGUGCUUCCUGAACGCCGUGGUGCAGUGCCUGAGCCACACCGAGCUGCUCGCCGCCUUCCUCCUGCUGGCCCUGCCCGACCGCCAGGGGCCGCCGCCCGCAGCCGGAGCCGCCUCCGGCGAGGUCACCCGGCACUUGGCGGCGCUGGUGCGGGCGCUCUGGACCCUCGAGUACACGCCGCAGCUCUCCGCCGAUUUCAAGAAUGUCGUCUCUAAGUACGGUGCUCAGUUUCGUGGAAAUUCACAACACGAUGCCCUGGAGUUCCUCCUAUGGCUGCUGGACCGCAUGCAUGAGGACCUGUGCUCCGUGUCUCUUCAUCAGAAAGGGAAGGCAUCUGGAAAGCCUCCGCCUGGACAGGAAGACAGCAGUAGCAGCGGGAUCGCCCAGCCAGCCAUCCAGCCUCUUAAGGGUCAGAGCUUUGUGCAGAACCACUUCCAGGCACAGUACAGGUCCUCCUUGACCUGCCCUCACUGCCUAAAGCAGAGCAACACCUUUGAUCCUUUCCUGUGCAUCUCGUUGCCCAUCCCCUUGCGUCAAACCAGACCCUUGAAUGUCACUCUUGUCUUCCAAUCCAAGAGUCAGCGAUUUGUGCGCGUGGGCCUGGCUGUGCCUCUCUUCAGCAAGGUGGCAAAGCUGAGAGAAAUGGUGGCAGAGGAAGGCAAGAUUUCACCUGACCAGGUGAUCCUGGCAGAAUUGAACCAGUCUGGAUUCCAGUGUUCCUUCUCGGAUGAUGAGGACCUGACAACCAUCACCGAGGGUGACAACAUCUAUGCUUUCCAGGCUCCACUCUCCUUUAACCGGGCCAGUUCUUCCCGCCUUUCAGGUUGUCCUCACAGCCUCCCAUCUUCUCCCAACUCUUCGGAGCCAGAAGGCCAGCGGUUGGCUCAUAACGGGGCCAUCUCAUCAGACUUUUUGCACCAUGGUGGAGGCAGCAGAAUCCUGCUCCUUGUCUGUAAUGUGGCUGGGUCCGGGCAGGAGGGUGUGAGGUUUGGCCCUCCACUGCUGAUGCGGGAAGACCGAGCCAUGUCGUGGGAGCAGCUUCAGCAGUGCAUCCUGGGCAAAAUGCGCUACCUAAUGAGAAGAGAGGCCCAAGGGCAGGCUACUGGGAGCCUGUUCCGGGUGCGAGUGGUUGGAAGCUCUGCAAUAUGCAGCUAUCUCUGUCCUCAGGACAACUGGCCUCUCUACCAUCCAGCUGUGGACAGAGCACUGCAGUUUGGUGGUGCAGGUGGUCCUGCUCACGUGAAGCUGGUGGUUGAAUGGGAUGUGAACACCAAAGAAUGUCUGUUUGGCAACAUACAGGAGGAAGUGGUUGAGGAUGCAGACAGUGUGAGGCUGAAGCAGCAGCUCCAUCAACAGCAGCAUAGCUGCACUCUGGACGAAUGCUUCCAGCUUUACACCAAGGAGGAACAGCUGGCCCCUGAUGAUGCUUGGCGCUGCCCCCACUGCCAGGUGCUUCAACAAGGCACUGUGAAGCUCAGCCUGUGGACACUUCCAGAUAUCCUCGUCAUCCACCUGAAGCGCUUCCGGCAAGUGGGCGAACAGCGCCACAAGCUGACCACACUUGUGCACUUCCCUCUGCGGGGCCUUGACAUGGCUCCCCACGUGGCCAAGCGCAGCCGUGGCAGCAAGUGGGGGCCCUGGAAGCACAUCAACCCAGAAACCAGUCCCUGUAACUUCCUCUACGACCUCUAUGCUGUCUGCAAUCACCACGGCAGCCUGCAGGGCGGGCAUUAUACAGCCUACUGCCGCAAUGCCUUGGAUGGUCGCUGGUACAGCUAUGACGACAGCACUGUGGAACCAGUCCUGGAGGAUGAAGUCAGCACGCGAGGAGCCUACAUCCUCUUCUACCAGAGACGCAGCGUGACUCCAGGCUGGUCUGGAGGAAGCUCUCUUAGAGGUUCCACUAGCUCCUCCGUUUCUGAACACUGGCUGGCCCGGCUUGGGGGAAGCAACAAGCGAGAGAGCUUGGUGUCCCGGAGCUCUGCUACAUAUCCAUCUCUGCCAAAAAUGCCUGACUCACCCUCCCUUACCAGUCCUGGCAUGCAUGAGAAAGGUGGAUUUGACUCACGGCCCCUUGUGAGGGGUGUCCAGGGAAGAAGUCUCAGCCUGAAGGCAUCCCCCAGCAAGGUCAAGCUGGGAGUCCCCAAGCCCUUACCCCUGCGCUGGUCCUUUACCUCCAAAGACUGGCUAGCGGAGCCCUCUGGCGAGCUGGUGGAGUAUUUGGAGUCUGGCCGCAGACCUCGGUUCACCAACGAAUCCAUUGUUCCUCUUAUGACCAAGGAAGGGGAGGACAGUGGGCCCGCUGUCACCAAAGCCAAGCUGAAUCCGGUACUGACAGGAACGGGCACCACUGAGAAUGCUGGCAAAGUGCCCGCUGCCAUGGAAAACAGCAGCACUCUGAAGAGGGCGGGGAAGCCAAAGGAGGACGUAGGCGAGCAGCCGCGGACGCCCAAGAAACUGGUGCUUUCUCUCAGUGCGGUACCUCCAGCAAAAGAGGAGGAUCCCAAAAGCAAAGCAAGCAUCAAUGGGACCUUGCGCACUGGGACAAACAUGCCCCCGUCCAGCUAUCAAUCCAAGGGCAGAGGGGCCCAGGACCAAAAGGUCAUGCCCUGUGUUGGGGACAGGGAGCCUGAGGGGGAAAGACAGCCAGAGGGGAAACUGGCUGUCUUCAAGGCCAGCUUCCUCCGAAGGGACCCCAAGCGACACAGCGAUGACAGACACGGCGCAUUGACACAGACCGUGGGCUCCUCCCGGGUAUUGCUGCCCAACGGCACGUUGAAUUCCGCCACUGGAGGCAGGGCAAGCAGCGCGCUAGGCCGCAGCACAACCGAAGGGCUGCCCAACGGGCGGAUUUGCCGUUCUGAGUUGGACAUCAAGCGUGCUCAGAGCUCCUGCAGCAGCAAAGGGAAGAGUGACUGGGUCCUGAGCAGGCCCACCUCCCUCAGCAAAACAACCAACAGUGUCCCUUUGCAGGGUUACACACAACCAUUAGCUCUAGAGGGAGUUUCUUGUGGCACCCUCCAGCGGGCGAGGUAUCACACAGCAUCCCUGGGCAGGAGGAUAGCCGUGCCAGAGUCCAGCUUCUGAACUUGUCUGUGGUUAAAGCUGGAAGUACCAAAAGAGUGCCAAUGCCUGGUGCUUAUAGGGUCUCAGGGCCUUGGGGUCAGAUCGGUCAGUUGCU